AUGUCAUCUUCCGUCCAUGUUAUCAUCCCAGCCACAGCUCGUGGCCGCUACAGUCGCCUCUGCGAAGUGUACAGCAUCAGACCUAGCGCCGAGGCUCUACUCAAAGUAAGACAGGCGCUCUUCCCGAUGCCUUCUCGUUUCGAUGAGCGGAUGCAGCCAUCCUUGCUUUUCUUCCUACCAAUGUCAGCCUUGGUCUACAGAGCCGGAACCCUGCUGGUAGGAUGGACCACCCUAGAGAAUGGCUCAAGACAGGAGAUCUGGGUAAAGCAACGCAAAACCCGGCUCCUUGCAUACUCGGAUCGUGGUGGACCUCCCGGCUCCCUUCACGUUGUCAAACGCCACCAAGUUCUCUGCGAUGAAUGGCAUCCAGCUCUCGACGGAGUGUUUGGCCUCGACACCUGUAAUGAUCGCCGCGAGCAGUACGCCUAUUUCAGCGCAUGCAUCAAGCUGCUUGGAAGCUCAAACCCACCGCCGAUGAUCGAGGACUUCAGGCCCCCUGCCGCCCGACCCCAAAGACAGCCUGUCGCGAUCAGCAGGAGACUUGCCGCCACAAGAAUCAUGCCAUCCACCCGUGACAGACUCGCAGCUGAGACUCAAAGACAAACCAUGGGUAGCGAAACACCAUCACUGAUUCAACGUCCUCAACCACGUGCACCGAUCACGCCCUCCAGCAGAGUUGACGGUGGAUGGAGUGGUAUUCCACUCCACUCCAAACUCCAGUGCUAG